AUGCUUAGAGCUCUCAAACAUUUCUCAAGAUAUUAUUCAAAUGGUCCUCGUAUAGGAAAUGUGAAAGCUUCAACAAUUCCCAAGAGAAAAAACCGACCAUGGGAUGAUAAAUCAAUUCCAUCGCUUGAAGACUUCAUGUUUCAAAGAAAGGUAUUCAAGUUAUAUCGAGCCAUAGUGAGAGCUGCCAACCAAGCCCCUGAUAAAUUGAUGGCCAAGGAACUUAUUGAAUAUGCUAAAGGAGAAUUUCUAGUUUCCAAAAAUGUUAGUGACAAACAUGAGAAGAGAUACUUACUUUCAAUGGGACAAAAUCAGUUUAGGGAUACUUGCAAAGGGAUUGGCUUCUCCUUUCCAAUAAAUAUUGAUUUCAAUGAUAUCAAGUGA